GGCCAGUUCGGGAUUUUUUCGUGUAUAUGUCAUUUUUAUUCAUUUGAUAAUCGGUUAAUUGUGUACAUUUUUUUCGAUCAAUAAUGAUUAGAUUCAUCUUGAUUCAAAACCGUGCAGGCAAAACACGUUUGGCCAAAUGGUACAUGAAUUUCGAUGAUGAUGAAAAACAAAAAUUGAUUGAAGAAGUUCAUGCAGUUGUCACUGUUCGUGAUGCUAAGCACACAAAUUUCGUCGAGUUUCGUAAUUUCAAAAUUGUCUAUCGACGUUAUGCGGGAUUAUAUUUUUGCAUCUGUGUCGAUGUAAGCGAUAAUAAUCUUGUCUAUCUGGAAGCGAUUCAUAAUUUUGUCGAAGUUCUCAACGAAUAUUUCCAUAAUGUAUGCGAAUUGGAUUUAGUAUUUAAUUUUUACAAAGUUUACUCUGUUGUUGACGAAAUGUUUUUGGCUGGAGAAAUACGUGAAACAAGUCAAACUAAAGUAUUGAAACAACUAUUGGUCUAUAAUUCCCUGGAAUAAUGGCUGGAUAAUUUUUCUGGAUUGAUUAAUAUCAUUCAGAGUCUUUUGGAUUGUUCAUCGUCUUUUUAGGCAUCUCUUUGUUCCAAAUUUCCUCAUUUUAAUUUAUAAAUUUCUUGUGUAUUUUAUUGCGAAUAUUAAUGUGUAAUAAUCCAAUAAAUAUGUGAAAUUCGGACCCA